AUGUGGAACCCACUUGUCAAGCUUCUUGGUCUUACCAAUUUGUUUCAAAUGGCGAACAGCUGUAGUGUGAUCGACGUUGAGCCCCUUGGCAAUAUCUCGUGUGGUUUUGCGUGGAUCAGCUUCGACUGUCGCCUUCAACAAGUCGCUAUCAAGUAUUGGUGGACGGCUGCCAUGUGGUUCGUCUUCGAGACUGGUGUUGCCGGCACGAAACUUUUGGAACCAACGUUGUGCUGUGCAUUCGUUGAUACUUCCCUGGCCCCAUACUUCGUUGAUAUUUCAGGUUUGAGGUUUGAGCGGUAG